AUGGAUGACUUGUACCGAGCAUCGCUGGAGGAGGACCCAGGCAAUGCCCUCUUCCUCCGUAACUACGCCCAGUUUCUUUACGAGGUGAAAGGAGACUAUUUUGCAGCAGAUGCUGUUUUCCAAAAGGGCACUGAAGCGGCACCAACUGACGGUGAACUUCUGGUGCUUUACGCGAAGUUUCUAUGGGAAGGAAUGUGUGACGCCGAGAAAGCUUCAUCAAUGUUUCAACAGGCAGUUGAAGUUUCUCCUGACAACUGCUACGUCCUCGCAGCCCAUGCAGCUUUUCUCUGGGAUGCAGACAGCAUGUUGGAACAAACUAGCGUGAUAGCACCUCCGUUUCCUCCACCCCAAACCGUGGAGAUCUAG